UACCGGCUUAGGGAAGCCACACAGGUAAACACUGUCGUGAGUGGGGCCAGGAGUUUUCCCUCACCAUUUCAUCUGACCAGGACAAACUCUGAGCCCCAUUCAUAGGUAAAGUAUGUAAAGUUGGCUAUUUGUAGAGAUUUGUUUUUCUGAUGUGACUUUGACCAACACAGAGCAGCUCUCAGUUCAUGAGACAUGCCAAGAGGAGGAAGCUGACAGUAGAGGACUUCAACAGAGCACUGCGCUGGAGCAAUGUGGAGGUGCAAAAAUACUCUGUUUUAUUGAAUGUAUACAUGCAUUGAGUGUACAAAACAUUAGGAACACCUUCCUACUAUUGAGUUGCACCACCUUUUGCCCUCAGAACAGCCUCAUUUCGUCGGGGCAUGGACUCUACAAGGUGUCGAAAGCAUUCCACAGGGAUGCUGGCCCAUGUUGACUCCAAUGCUUCCCACAGUUGUGUCAAGUUGGCUGGAUGUCCUUUGGGUGGUGGACCAUUCUUGAUACACACAGGAAACUGUUGAUUGUGGAAAAGCCCAGCAGUGUUGCAGUUCUUGACACAAACCGGUGCUCCUGGCACCUACUACCAUACCCAGUUCAAAGGCACUACAAUCUUUUGUCUUGCCCACCCUCUGAAUGGCACACAUACACAGUCCAUGUCUCAGUUGUCUCAAGGCUUAAAAAUCCUUCUUUAACCUGUCUCCUCCCCUUCAUCUACACAGAUUGAAGUCAAUUUAACAAGUGACAUCAAGAAGGGAUCAUAGCGUUCAGCUAGUCAGUCUGUCAUUGAAAGAGCAGGUGUUCCUAAUGUUUUUUACACUGUGUAUACAUAAUGUGAGCCUGUUUCAACUGAAUCCUUAUUGCUGGGUGAUGUCAAUCUUUAUUAUUGUGUUACUGUAACUGAACUCCUAUCUGUACUGUUCUCUUUUUGCCAGGCCAUAGCUGGCUACGGUGCGCAAGAUGCCCUACCUUUCCGACCGAUCAAGGAGGGCGACCUAUUCUUCGUGGAGGACCGUGAUAUCAACCUGGUUGAACUUGCCCUUGCCACCAACAUACCCAAGGGCUGUGCAGAGACCAUGGUGCGAGGUAUGACCGCCGAUGCCUGUUAUAGAAAUGCGUCUCACUGACUUACUAGUUACUAAGCCACCACCUGCAAAUCAAUAGUCGAAUCAAUACUAAUUCUACUUUAAGAGAUAUAGUACAAUAUAUGGUGACUAUGAUUUGUUCUCCUACUAGUGAAUGUGUCUUAUCUGGAUGGGAAAGGCAACCUGGAGCCUCAAGGUACAGGUAAGGGCUCAGAGUAAAUUUGAACAUUGAGUGAUAUUUACACCCAUGGCUUUUUGCAGAGUUGUCGAGCCCUCCUUUUACCCUCCUUCACAGUUCCCAGUGCUGUACAAACUCUCUCUGAGGAUCUGCUCAAGUACUACCAACAGAUCACCCGGGCCAUACUAGGAGAGGACCCACACCUUAUGAAGGUACAGUUUUCUCCUGGCAUCAACAUGUGAUAUAACUCUAUUGAUUGGAGAAACUGUUGAAAUCGAUCUAACUAUUUCUUCAUCAGGUGGCUUUGCUGGAUCUCCAGUCCAACUCCAAGAUUGCUGCCCUCCUGCCAUAUUUUGUAUAUGUCAUCAGUGGGGUAUGUUAUACUUACUUGAAACAUAACAAAUCAAAUGUUAUGGAUGUCACUUCAUGCAUUCAAUUGUCCAGUCGUUUAGUGCCUAUAGGGCACUGAGUUUUUCCUGACCAGGAGAAACUCUAGAAGACCCUAGUCAUACAGUAGCCUAUAACUAGGGCCUGGAUUUGAUCCUCGUCAGGAAAAAGACCUGACCCUGUCUUUACGAAAUGUAGCUAGUACUGUACUUUAUAUGUACCCCUCUCUCCGCUCUGCCCACCAGGUGAAGUCUGUGAGCCACGACCUGGAGCAGCUGAACCGUCUGCUGCACAUGGUGAAGAGUCUUGUGCAGAAUCCCUACCUGUACCUUGGCUCCUAUGUGCGCAGCCUGGUGUCCAGCGUCAUGUACUGCAUCCUGGAGCCGCUGGCCGCCUCCAUCAACCCCCUCAAUGACCACUGGACCUUAAGGGACUACGCAGCGCUGCUGCUCAGCCACAUCUUCUGGUAUGACUGACCACCCAUAAAGAUACACUAUAUAUACAGUACAUAUAUGUACAGUAUAAUGACUAGACUGUGGACAAAGCCCCUCAGACCAUGGCAGUUUGACUGAUACACUUAUAGGUUCAUGAAAAAACCAAAGGCCUGCACACUGUAAUGCUCCUAAUACCACCUUUGAAUAAUGUUUUGGUCCAAAGUGGACCAUCUUAGUCUCUGUAUGUGACACUGUCAACAACAGAAUCAUAGCCAUCUUCGAUCUAUUGUCUGUUGACGUAAUUCUCUCCUAAAACUGUGUCUUUGUCAGGACCCAUGGAGACCUGGUCAGUGGUCUGUACCACCAGAUUCUGCUGUCUCUGCAGAAGGUUCUGUCAGACCCGGUCCGCCCGCUGUGUUCUCACUAUGGAGCUGUAGUGGGGCUACACGCACUCGGAUGGAAGGUAACUACAUUUCCUCUACCUUGAUCAUCUUUGAAUGAGAGUAUAUUUUCUUUAAUUUAUCUGUUGGUUCAUUUUAGGAUCCUUGCCUUUGCUGAUCACUGUCUGUGUGUGUCUGUCUUUGUAGGCUGUUGAGCGAGUGUUAUAUCCCCACCUGCCAGCUUACUGGGCUAACCUGCAAGCUGUCCUGGAUGAUUACUCAGUCUCCAAUGCCCAGGUGAAAGCAGAUGGACACAAGGUCUACGGAGCCAUCCUGGUAAGUGCAGCAGACCAGUCACUGAGUGAAAUGUUUUAUGUUUUCUGUGAUGCGAACUAGAGAACGACCGAUAAUCGGCCAGGCUGAUAUAUCGGGCCGAUAUUGGCCUUUUCUAGUCUUUCGGCUAUCGGCCCUUCUCUAUUGGCUUUGUCGACAAUCCCUCUACAUAGUAAAGCUGCUGCUCUGCCAGCCGCCACUCACUGCCUGAGCCACGAGUACUGCACAAUGCUGAUGAAUGUCUAGCUGGGUAAAUCUGCAGCAAGCUAGCGCAUUCUCCAACAGAAAGGUGCAGUAUUGAUGAAUUGACACAAUUGACACAGUGACUCCUCUUGCAAAUAUUAGUUGAGUUAAUUAACUUCUAAUAAGGCUCAUGUCGAAGUGCCCGGACAUGCAUGCAAUAAGCAAGCUAUCUAAGCAGAUAGCUAUGUGAUCAGUUAGCAAAAAUUACUAUAACAAACCUUUAAUCUGUGGUGUUAGCUAGGUAGCUAGCUAUAUUAGCUACUAUGACAUUUGACUCAUUUAGCAGACCCUCUUAUCCUGAGCGACUUACAUUAGUGAGCGCAUACUUUUUCCUUACUAGUCCCCCAUGGGAAUCGAACCCAUAACACUGGCAUUGCAAGAACCAUGCUCUACCAACUGUGCUACACAGGACUGUACUAUGCUGGCUAGAUAAACAUGGUGCUAAGAUAUCAGCUAAUAGCCAACAUAACUAGCUAAUGUUAGCUGGUUCUCAUUUUUAACAUGCACCAUUUUCGGCAUUGCGGUGUAACGUUAGCUAUUUACUGGUGUGCUGAUCUGACCAGCAGCUAUCGUGUCUGUAAAUUGACAGUUGAUAGUCGGAUUAGAUUAUUAUCAUAAUGGGGAAAGAAGGAAGUGUAUUUAAAAUGCCUAAAUAAAGGUUGUCAAUAGGUUUAGCUACCUAAGAAUCUUCCUACAUGUUUAUGGACCAAGAAAGCUGUAGAUCUCUGCCCGUGUGUGCGUUCUCACUUCUCAAAUGAUGGUUUCUAGUUUCAUAAGCCCCCGUGAUCACAAAUCAUGACAUUAUGUUGGACCCAUUUGCAUUGAAUAAAUGUUAUUUUAUAUUCUCAAACUAACAGCAGUGCCUAUGUCCUUCCAUACAGGCGUGACACACUUGAGUGAUGCUUUUAUGCAAAUGUUGUUGAUCAGUAUGCUAAUAUAGUCCCAAAUGGAAGGCAAACAGAUUGUCAUCUGUAGCACCAUAGACUCCAUCUAUCAGUCAAAACAAGCUCAAUAACUCAAUGCUUGCACACACUCCUAUUGAAUAUGCAUUCACCUGUAUUUUGAGUAGGCCUAUGCCAUCUUAAUUAACCCAGUUUAUCAAGAGAUUUACCAUUCAAAUACAAUUAUUAUUAACAUUGUUGUUAAUGUAAUGUACAAAGUCAAAUGUAUUGUUUGAUUAAAAAAUAUCGGCCUAAAAUAUCGGCCUCCUUGACCCAAAUCGGUAUCGGCCCUAAAAAAUCCAUAUCGGCCGUUCUCUAAUGAAAACAAAGCUUUCCAAUGUAAUACAAGAGAUUCCCAAUAAUGUAUUGUUACGAAUUGCAUUUAUGUUGCGCCUUUCACCCGAUCUCAAAGCGCUUUAAAUGUAUAUAUUGGUAACGCUACCUAUCAACCACCACUGCACCCACAAAGUACCAAUCCCCUCUCUGUCCUGCAGGUGGCGGUGGAGCGCCUUCUGAAGAUGAAAGCUCUGUCUCUGUCCCAGCCAAGGGAGGGGAGCGGCAGCACCCAGCCGGGCUCUGGGGGCGUGAUGGGUUUCAGGGUGAGUUCCCCCGGGCUCAGCCCCCCUCCAGAGCCCCUCUCCGAGGCCGCCCUGGGCAUCGCCAGCCACCUGCAGGGACCUGGGGGGGCCGGCACCCCCUGGGAUGACUGGACCCCCGUCCCCUUGCCCGCCAUGUACUGUGAGCUCUACUCCUUCUUCGGCGACAGCCUGGCGGUGCGCUUCAGCACGGGCCCCAGCUUGGGAGGUUUCCCCCCUUCAGCCCCCUCCCAACCCCCUGAUACGAGGAAGGAGCCCCCUGGUCCCGCUGCCAACCCAGACACCACGCGCAAGAUGCCCCAGCUCACUGCUAACCUCAACAUCAGCCCCCGGCAAGACGGGAGCCCUCGCACCGAGCCCGCCCCACCCAGUCUAGCUGCCACUGCUCCAGGAAGGUAAUGUAGCAUCUGUGGGACUAGUUAAAAAGGCACAACUCUCACUCUUAAAGUAAAAAAUUAACUUUAUUUAUUUAGAUUGCGUACAUAAAUGUACAAUUUACAAUGCAAAUAAAUAAUAAUAUCUAUCUCAUCUUACCCAUUGUCCACAUUGCUUAGUAGUCAAAAAAUGCUAAUGUUAAGAAGUGAUAAUGAGUGAUGUGAUCAGAGCGGGUGUCUCGCAGACCAUAGAUAUCCUGUUUAAACCACACCAUAGAGAAACGGGAGAAAGAAAGACAACCAGACAGACACCAGCUUUCUGUCUGGACCAGCUAACACUCCACACACCUUUUAGGAUUUAAAAAAAUAUUAAAUCAGGAACCACACCUGUGUGGAAGCACCUGUUUUCAAUAUACUUUGUAUCCCUCAUUUACUCAAGUGUUUCUUUUAUUUUGGCAGUUACCUGUACCACUUGAAGGCUGAAGUUAUUUAGCUGCUAUAACUAACAUGUUCCUUUUACCUCCUCUCUAUUUCCUUGUCUCAGGUCCCUGGCUCGCUCUUCCUCCUCAUCCUCCAUCCAGCGCAGAAACUCCUCCUCCCGGCCGGGACAGCGCUCAGCGGGUCCAUCCCGCGACGUGUUCACCAAGGCCCGUUUCCCCCCUCCUCAUCCCGGACCCCCCACCUUCUCCUUCCUCAUCGGGGGGCGUCAGAUGGGCCGGCGCUGCCAGGGGCGGCGCUUCCAGACCAGCUUCAGCCCUCCCCCACCCCUGUCCACCGUACCGCCCCGUGCCUACGCCCACAAGCUGCCCGUCAUCGGGAGGGUGGGCAAGCCAGUGCGCCGCUGGACCUGCUCCCACUACUCCCUGCACCUGCCCCUCUGAGAGAAAAGAGAGACUAUGGUUGAGGGUCAAGGGUCAAGGCCUUAGAACAUGCUGAGGCUACCUCACUGCUCAGUAGUGCAAGUGGAGUUCCCUAUAUCCUCCCUCCCUAUACAGCCUGUGACAUAAGAGGUAGACUAUGCCUAGACGAAAAGCACAUUAGGCGGGAGGGACCCUACUAGAGCCACAUAAGAGAGACUGACUCACAUACACCACUCCAAGCCCUAAUGCUGCUUUCAAAACAACUGGGAACUUGGAA